AUGCGCAUCCUCCAGACCAACCUAGGACGGUCGAGAAGAGCACAAGACCUGCUCUACAAAACGGUACGAGAGAGCGCGGUCGCCCUAGCAGUAGUGGCCGAACCAUAUAGAGUUCUGGAUGCCCCGGACUGGACCGGAGAUGCAGACGGAAUGGUAGCGGUCACCUGGACAUCAACGCCGGAGGCGCACACAUACGGAGUCCCGCUGGAGCGCGGGAACGGAUACGUCGCGGUCGAGUGUGCAGGGAUGGUGGUGGUCGGCGUUUACGUAUCACCCAACAGCGGAUGGGCAGCGUUCGAGGAGUUCCUGGACGGGAUUGGCGACUGCGUCAGACGGCACCUUCCCCGGCAGAUACUGGUGCUAGGAGACUUCAACGCGCACUCAGCGGAAUGGGGAAACCCCAGAACCAACGCGCGCGGCCGCGCGCUGUCAGACUGGGCCGCGGGACUUGGGCUCCUGCUGGUGAACAGGGGCACGACCAGCACCUGCGUGACGUGGAGGGGGAGCUCAGUCGUUGACAUCACUUGGGCUUCCCCUGACACAUUCAGACGAAUCACAGGUUGGAGAGUAGCUGAAGGGAUCGAGACACUCUCGGACCACCUCUACAUAUUCAUGAAAGGUAUGCCUGGACCUGGAAUGGUGACCGCCGGUAAUGGCCGCGACACACGGAGAAGAGGAAGUGCGCGCCCACCACCAAGGUGGAAAAUCAAGGAGAAGGACGGAGAUCUACUUCGAACGGCUGCGACAGUGGCGGCCUGGAACUGGGAGGCACCGAUGACCCAGACAGAAACAAGCGUGGAGGAAGAGGCCGAGAACCUCCGGCGAGACAUGACGGCAAUCUGCGACGCGUCCAUGCCACGAACCACGCUGGGCACUGGGAGGAGCAGAGCCGUGCACUGGUGGACCCCCGACAUCGCGGAGCUGAGGGCGAGAUGCGUCCGGGCACGAAGACG